CACUUCCAUUUCCAACUCGGCGCGUCUUUUCACUUCCUUUAUAUAACUCGCGUCGCGUGACUCACUCCCUCACUCAGUCCCUCUCUCUCCACUGCUCCCUGAAAAGCGCCAUCUCUCUCUCUCUCUCUUUCUCUCUCCCCUCUCCGCCACUGCAUCGAGUUUUCGCCAGUCGCUUUCUUCAACUCUUACAAAUAAGAACCCCUUUUGCUCCCUCCAUUCUCUCUCUCAAUUAAUACUGCAAAGCAAUUCGGUCUGUGGGUAUUAAAAAGCUCUUUUGGGGUUCAGUAAACGAACCCUUUCUCUUCAUCUUCUCUCUUUUUCUCUCGCUCUCUCUGCCUUUACUCUCAUUUUUGGGUUUUGGGUUUUGCAUCGACACGAAAACCCAUUUACGGUUAGCUUAACAAAGCAGUAAUCGCUUCCUCUGUUUUUCUUUUGGGUUUCUCUCUGUAUUGAGAUGGCUGAGAGUUUCGACGGCGCUGAGUUUUGGCUCCCCCCUGAGUUUUUAACCGACGACGACGUGCUAAUCGGCAUGAAUAGCAAGACUAAGAACGACAAAGAUGGGUUGACGUUUGGGGCUGAAGCAGACGCUUAUACCAAGUCUCUGUUCCCAUACGAGUUCCCUUGUGGCUUUGGCUCACUUGGGGUUCCGUCGGAUUUAAGUUCUCCGGUCGAUUCAGUUCUUGGUUCGAGCGAGACGGAGAGUGACGAGGAAGAAUACCUGGCUGGUUUGACUCUUCAAAUGGCCCGUUCUACUUUGGAAGGUGGUUUUAAGAACAUUGGUUCUGAGAACGGAAAGCCACGGACUAUGUCUGGUUCUCCUCAAUCAACCCUUUGUGCUGUUGGAAAUGUUUGUGGUUGUGGACAAGGGUCUAGCCGUGAAAGCCCAAAAGCUCACUCUCGAGUCUCAUCUCCUCCAAAGACUUGGGAUCUUCUGAACGCCGCCGCCGGUGAAGUCGCUAAGAUGAGGUUGAACGAAGAAGAGUACAUGUUUUACCACAGCAGGGGCCUCUUGGGUCCACCUAGGAAGCCUUCUCCAGUGGCUAAUACGCCAAACCCUGAUAUCGUUUCCUAUCUCAACCAGCCCAUUUCUCAAAAACAAUUGCAGGUCUCACAGUUUCAGCAACUAAAACACCAACAAAUGAUGAAGCAGCAGAACUCAGUGAUAUGGGGACCCAAUACUGCCACUCAGGCUAAGGGCCCCGGAAGGUACCAGAUGAGCCAGGCCCAGCCAAUGGCACAAAACAGAGCUCGAAACAACGAGUUCAUGGGGGUCACUAAGAACAACCGACCUCUGGGGUUGUCACCAUCUGCAUGGCCUUCUCUACAGCAAGGUCAGAGCCAGCCAAACGGGUCUGGCAUGAGAGCCGUCUUUCUUGGUAAUCCGGUUGAAAAAAGGGAAAGCGUAGGCACCGGUGUCUUCUUGCCUCGUCAAGUUGGGGCCCAACCAGAAACGCGUAGAAAGCCUGCUUGUGCUACAGUUUUGCUUCCAGCUAGGGUUGUUCAGGCCUUGAACUUGAACUUGGAUGACAUGGUUGGCCAACCCCAGCUUCAUCCUCGCUACAAUGGAAGAUUUGGCCCAGAAACUGAUGUGUCUUUAAGGCUUCGAAGCAACAAUAAUGUCGUUCCCAAUAAUCAUCAUCAGAGGCAACGCAACAUGAGACCUCAGCAGCUACCUGUCGUGAACCAUGAAAUCCGGCUACCCCAAGAUUGGACUUACUAGGGUUGAGGCUAUAUCUACUAAUUUCCUAUUUUUUUUUUGUUGGUAUUUUAGGUUAUAAUGGGUAAGAAUGGAAAGAAAGAAAAAGUAAAGGUUUAGGGAUAUAUGUUAGUAUGCUAUAUAGUAUAGUACAGUGAAAGAAAAAUAGGUCUCAAGAAAGUGAAGGAAAAAAAAAAAAGAAAUGAAAAGAAUCAUAUUGGAGAAAAUUGGUGACCAUUUUGUUCUUUUGGGUUAGGCUUAGAUGAUUAAUAAGAUGUCUUUACUUUGAUUAGCACAGCCUUUUGGUCUCUUGGGUUUAUUUUUUUAUUUUUGGCUGUUAAAAGAAGAAGAAAGAAGGUGGUGGAUUUACUAUUGUCCCUCUUUUGUUUUUUGUAUUAGGGACAAUAUGAGAAGUUUAGGGUUUCUAUGUUAAUCACUCUGAUUAAGCUUUUUCAUUGUUUUUUAAUAUACAUGUUUUUAAUAUUCAGUUCCCAACUUGUCUCUCAUCCACACCUUGGCCAAUGAAAUAUUAUUAAUAAAUAAUUUUUUUUGAUUAACGAAUAAAUAAAAA